CGACAUAAUUACAUGGUGUUCGUCAUUUAAAAAUUGGCAUGUAUAUCUGCUGAGUACCUAGUAUUGUCAGUGCAACUUGCACUCCGUGUGUCGCUCCAUCGGAUGUGUUCAAAUUUCGUACAGACAAGGAUUCGAGACAUUGCACGUAUGACCUAUCACGAUUAUACUAGUUCAUUUAUAAAUUUAAAAUACGGGUAACACAGUCAUAAUUGACACUAGGUGACCAAUAGAAAAGUAAUAAGAAUAGUACCGGUCCAACAACAGCUAUUCAGCAUGGCAUCGCUCUGGCAGACACUCUUAAUGCUUGCCGCAAGCAUACCUGCACUGCUCAGUGUCGAUGCAAUGAGUGUGGAUAAGGAAGCUCUUACUCCUACUGUCAGGAUAAUUGGGGGAAGCGUGGUGAACGAGGCGGUGUUUCACAAGGUAUACCCCUGGAUGGUUUCCUUGCGUAGUAACUCCACGGGCAACCACAUAUGUGGGGGCUCGUUGAUAUCCGAAAGCUGGGUAUUGACGGCAGGGCAUUGUACUCAGGGAAUGCGAGGUAAUGGAAUGGUGAUACACUUCGGGUCGUAUGAUAGCAACCUGGUUAGUGAAACCAGGCUCUUACACAGUUAUACUCCCCACCCGACCUUUCUGAUCACAUCGACAGGAACGACUUUUGACGACUUGGCGCUUCUCCGUUUAGAUAAGCCGUAUAAAAUAGCUCACUACAUGCAACUGAACACUGAUAGUAGCUCGCAGCUACACCUACCAGGGGCAAAGGCUAUCGCCAUGGGAUGGGGAUUUGAAAAACAGAACGUGUACAGAAUGGCCGAUUUUCUGCAUGAAGUGGUAGUUCCCGUGAUGUCUGACGAGGAAUGUAUCCAAGCUUAUGAGUCACAGUAUGAUGCGAGCACACAGCUGUGUGCAGGAUUUAAAACGGGGAUGUUCGACACCUGUGUAGGUGACUCGGGUGGCCCAUUAAUUGUACGUAUGCAUGGAGAUAAUACUUCAUACUCGCCUAACUCAACACGCGCUAACGGGCCCAGUGAUGCUACUCCAGCGUCGAGCCCAAAUGAGAGUGUAAAUACCACUCGAAACGAUACGUCAAGUGGAAGUAUCAGUGAAUUAAAAAGGACUGAAGCUCCCUCACAAGAAACAGUUGUGCAUAAGUCGAAAGUGAUAGUGAAGGAAACAGGCGUGCUCGAACUCGAUAUGGAGAACGAGCAGUUCAUAAAAAUGGUAGCUGACAUUGGAAAUGAAUUGAAUAUCAGUGAAGCGCAAAUGAAGCUCGAGCUAGAAACGGAACUAGAGCGGCAAAGUGAAAUGACGACUGAAGGAGAAGAAAUUGGAGUACGUGUGAGUUUGGCCAGCGAUAUACUGGAAACAAUAACGGAGUCUAAGGUAGCCGGACUGCCUAAUGAGAUGUCGGACGAAGCUUGGGACGCCUUGUAUGACGCAAUAUACGAGCAUAUGAAAAAUUCGAUAGAACCAGGCACUCUAAAUAACUCGACUGCGAACAAGAACAAUAAUACGGACGAGACUGACAAUUUAAGCAGUGAAGCCCAAGUCAGCACGGAGAUUGAUGGCUCUGAACAGGUUGGUGAUGCGCCACAAGUGCCGGGUUAUAUACUAGUAGAGGAUGCAAACAUGUUUGUACAGAUAGGUAUGGUCUCAUGGGGUGAGGGCUGUGGAGAAGCGGGUAAGCCGGGCGUGUACAUGAAUAUUCAGAAGUACAGCGAAUGGAUACAAGCCGAGAUUAAGAAAACGAAAGGAAAGUUCAAACUGGUUGGGAAAGAGAUUCAACUAGCGUGAAGAAAACGCUCGGUUGCACGGUCAAUCAUUUGAAUCAACCAUACAUCCGCAAAAGUAGUAGAAAUAGAGUUACAUUGUACUACAUUAAGGCUUUGUAAGACGGCGAGGAGACUUCAUAAAGUCAAGAAACUCGUUGGCGGGGGUCUUCAUCUCAAGCAGUUAGAAAAAAUACAGCGAUUAAAUAUUUGCAUAUUUUCAAAAUUGGCCACUAUACCAUUCACAUGCCUCAUCAACUAAUCAUGAGCAAGAUGUCUUCGGUUGAUAAGUAGGCACUAUACCAAACGCUUGCGAUGCGCUGAGGUAAGCUCCUCAGCCAACCAAUACCACUAAUCAUGCGCAUCUACGUUUGACUCUCCAUGAGUUGUCCACCACAAGUGUUGAGUGCAACAUGACUUGCCAAGGCAGCUAUCGUACACAACAAGCACAACGAAAUGACGUCGAGACGUAUUGACAACUUAACCUCGACACGUUGUCGAUACAAGCUUGCUGCACGUGGGGCACGCCCAUGUUAUUAGUACAGAGUGGAGUACAAUCUCGAGUGAUUUGAUGUUGACACAUGGUGUGCAAUGGCUCAUUGUGAGCUACCAAGGAAGACAACAAUCGCACAUACCAUUGCGAAAUGCAUACGUAAAUGUACC